AUGGCGGCCGACCCGCAGAGCCAGUCGCUGGCGCACGGCACGGCGGUGGCGGCGGCGCGGCUGCCGGCGUCGUUGGACAUGCCGGAGUUCAACACCGUCGACUUCAUCAACCACCUCUUCCCCAACGGUGCUGCUCCCCCCCCCAUUCUGAACCCCUCCCGCCGCGGCGAGCGCGAGUCGUCGUUGGCGGCGGUGGAUCCGCUCAUCCAGAAGCUCAGGAACCGCAUCCGCCGCGUCGACGCCGAGAUCCUCCUCGCCAUCCGCCAGCAGAGCACGUCAGGGUCGCAAGCCAAGGACGACCUGGCAGCCUCCAUGCGCGCCAUUGAGGAGCUGUGGGUGAAGAUGAGGGCUAUAAAGGCGAAGGCGGAGCAGAGCGAGGUGAUGGUGCAGGAGAUAUGCCGCGACAUAAAGAAGCUCGACUGCGCCAAGAAGCACAUCACCGCCACCAUCACCGCCCUCAACCGCCUCGCCAUGCUCGUGUUUGCGGUGGAUCGUCUGCAGGCCCUGGCUGCCAACCGCCAGUACCGCGACGCUGCCGACCAGCUGCAGGCGGUGACACAGCUACUGGCGCACUUUGAGGCGUACAGAGACAUCCCCAAGAUCGCCGAGCUGCAGGGGCGGGUGGCGGCGCUCAACGCCACGCUCAAGUCCCACAUCUUCUCCGACUUCUCCACCCUGGGCACGCCAGUGAUGAGGGAGAACGGGCAGGUGAUGCAGCAGCUGGCGGACGCGUGUCUCGUGGUGGCGGCGCUGGACGGCGAGGGGCACGCGCGGGACGAGCUCGUGCGCAGCGUGUGCAGCAAGGAGCUCACCGCGUACCAGCAGAUCUUCCAGGGCACGGAUGUGGCGCGGUUGGACAAGGUGGAGAGGCGGUACGUGUGGGUGAAGCGGCAGAUGAAGCUGAACGAGGACGUGUGGCGCAUCUUCCCACCCGCCUGGCACGUGCAGCGCCUGCUCUGCUCGCAGUUCUGCCGCAUCACCCGGGCGCAGUUGAAGGAGCAGCUUGAUGGAUCCAAGGACAGACCCGAUGUCACCACUCUCUUGCAGGCGUUGGAGCGCACGUUGGAGUUUGAGGACGACCUGGCCAAGCGCUUCCCCCCCGCGCCUGCCGCGGCCGCUGCCUCGCCCUCCUCCACCCCUGCCGCCGCCGCCGCUGCUGCUGGCGCCGCUGAUGUGGAGUUUGAGUUCCAGGGCGCCAUCUCAUCGUGCUUUGAGCCGCACCUGGGGGUGUAUGUGGACCUCGAGGAGCGCACUCUGGCGGACACACUCGACAAGCUCGUGCAGGAGGAGACAUGGGAGGCGGAGGAGGGCAGCCAAACCAACAUCCUGCGCAGCAGCUCCGAGAUGUUUUUGGCGAUCCGCAAGAGUUUCAACCGCUGCUGCCAGCUCACCAGAAAGCAAACGCUGCUCAGCCUCUUCCAGGUGUUCAAGCGUGUGCUGCGGCAGUACGCCGCGCGCCUCAGCGCCCGCCUGCCCCGCGCUGCCCAGCCCACCGCAGGCGGCGAGUGGCAAGUCAAGAUGACGGAGAAGGAUGAGCGAGUGGUGUGCUAUAUCAUCAACACAGCCGAGUAUUGCCACGAGACUGCAGCACAGCUGGCGGAGAGUGUGGCGAACCGCAUCGAUGCGGCGCUGGUGGGCUCUGUUGACAUCAGCGAUGAGCAGGAGGAGUUUUCGGUUGCCAUAACGCGUGCGCUGGCAGUGCUGGUGGCGGGGCUGGAGGGGCGGCUGGAGGGCGAACUGGACCGCAUGGCCCGCAUGCCCUGGGGCACGCUGGAGUCCGUGGGCGACCAAUCCGAGUUCGUGAACAACCUGAGCGCCAUAUUCUCCAACUCCAUCCCCAUGCUGGCAGGGCUGCUCUCGCCGCUGCACUUCCACUUCUUCCUCGAUAAGCUGGCAGCAUCGUUCGGGCCGCGCUACUACGCCACGGUCUUCAAGGCCAAACGCCUCUCCGGCACCGGUGCACAGCAGAUGCUGUUGGACACGCAUGGCAUCAAGACCAUUCUGCUCGAGCUGCCUGCACUGGGGGGCCUCGCGGCCACAGCAGCGUACAGCAAGUAUGUGACGCGCGAGAUGGGGCGAUCAGAGGCGCUGCUCAAGGUGGUGCUAGCGCCACAGGAGAACCUGGUGGACACAUACCGCACGCUGCUGCCCGACGGCUCUGCUGCUGACUUCCUGCGCACACUCGACCUCAAGGGAGUGAAGAAGCCAGAGCAGCAGCCGCUGCUAGACGCGCUCACAGCCAAGCUCAGAGCAGCAGCGCCCACUCAGGCCCCACCCUCCAAGUCCCCCACUUCCUCCGCUGCACCCUCCACCUCCACUGCCUCUCACCCACCACCUGCCACGGCUGCUGCCGCUCCCCCAGCUGCCACGGCCACCGCUGCUGCCGCUGCGGCAGCAGGCAUGCUGACGAGCGCUGCCAGCCGCGAGGCCAUGAUAGCGCGGGCGGCAGCGCUGGGGCGGGGAGCCAUGGCGCAGUCGGCAGCGGCGGCAGCAGCGGUGUCGCAGAACACGGCACUGAAGCGCAUCUUUGCCCUCGCUGACUCCUCUGCUGCCAGCGCGUCCAAGAAGGACAUCUCUCCGAUAGCUUCUGAUUCAUCAUCCCACGUCGCUACCACACUCUCCAUACACGCGAUGGCGUCCGCCCUCGUCGCACACCAGUCGCUCGCAUCUCUUUCCUUCAGCGCAGCAGUGAAGGGCGCCGCUCUCUCCGCCACCCGCCUAGCAGCGCUUUCCGCCGUUGCCCCCCGCGGUCUCGGCGUUACCGCCCUCCUCGGCUUCAACAAAGCCGCCGUCCCCGCUAAGGCCACCCCCGUUAAGAAGCAGCUGCGCACCGAGGACGGCAUCUUCGGCACGUCCGGCGGCUUCGGCUUCACGAAGGCCAACGAGCUCUUCGUGGGCCGCGUCGCGAUGCUCGGAUUCGCCGCGUCGCUGCUGGGCGAAGCGGUAACCGGGCAGGGAAUCCUUUCGCAACUGAACCUGGAGACGGGCAUCCCCAUCACGGAAGCCGAGCCGCUGCUGCUCUUCUUCAUCGCAUUCACCGUGCUCGGCGCCAUUGGCGGGCUGGGCGACCGCGGGCGAUUCGUGGACGACGAUGCGCUGGCGGGUCCGCCGGUGAAGCCGGGGAGCUUCAAGGCGGCGCUGGGGCUGAGCGACGACGGGCCGCUGUUCGGGUUCACCAAGGCGAACGAGCUGUUCGUGGGGCGCAUGGCGCAACUGGGCUUCGCGGCGAGCCUGGUGGGCGAGGUGAUCAGCGGGCGAGGCGCGCUGGCGCAGCUGAAUAUCGAGACUGGCUUGCCCGUGUGGGAGCUGGAGCCGCUGCUGCUCGCCAGUAUCGCUUUCUUCUUCAUCGCCGCUAUCAACCCCGGUACAGGAAAAUUCAUUAACGAUGAGGAGUAG